AGAGGGGGAAGGGGAUGUAUCUAAUGGUGAGACAGGUUCACUUCUUCCCUCUCGGUUGCCUGUUUUGAUUUAACGUAUAUUUAGUAUAUAUUGUAAAUGUAAACGUACUUAGCACUUGUCGCAGUACGGUUAAAGUAGAGACUAGUAGAUAUGAUGUCUUGUGAUCAAUCACCUCGAGGAUCUACAAUCGCUUCCAAAGAAUAUUUGAAAUGUGAACAGGUAUGCCGCGCACCUGGGGCAAUCACCAGCCGAAGGUCCUGCCGCUCUGGCUCACCCACACCCCUCACGCCUCCUGCAAACCAGUGAACGCACUCUGCACUGUCCCCUGAAUUUCCGCAACUACAAUCUGGACUUUAGUAAACAAGAAAGUUACGUGAUUCUUUUGAUGUGAAUGUAUUUCUUGGAAAGUUUAGGCAAUUUGCCUGUGAUGUGCGCAACUAUUAGAACUUGAUAAUUACUGCACGUAUGUAAUGCACUCAUGUACAACUUUUGAACAUCUAAGCUAUGCGGCACCAAAUAUGUUAAAGGAUAUGAAAUAUUGUUAUUGUAGGUUAGUGUAAAGACAGAUUCUCAAAAUAAAACGUGCUGUAACGCUAUCAAUCGCGUUGACAUGAGCUGGCCGAAGAAAAAAAAUCUCGAAUAAGGUACUGUGUAAGCAGUCUUUUCAAUCGAGCCUGGUAAUUACCACUGGGGAAUGUGAGAUUAGGCUCUGAUUCAGAAAGCCAGCAGUGGAGUCUGCCUGGCCAAAGACGCCACCUGGUAACAUUGGUUCCGCGGCGUUACAAUUGACACAUAGAUGACUUCAGAGAAUAACUUUGAAAGAGUAUUACAAAAUAAUGGUUCAGAGAGAGGCGCAGAUGAUGACCAGAAGAUAUCUUGCAGUACAAUGAUCGCUCUUCGCCUCGUAAAUACAGAGAGUCCAGAAAGGGAAUACUGGAAGCAAGAGACGACUAUUUGGAGUUUAUCCGCCGCCAUUUUGUCGAGGGAAUUGACGCCGAGCUCAUGUAAACAAUUCUCAAGAUAUUUUAUUGGCUUCUGAAUAAGCUGUCAUGGUAGAAGGGGCGUGCAAAAGCAUAUGGAAAGUAAGGCUUGUUGUUUUGAUUUGAUGUUUGAUUUGAACUGCUUGUUGAAAUUUUGCCUUUUGCUCUGCAUGACUUCUUAUAAAUUUUGGCAACAUAUUUAUCAAUUGUAGUUCAAUAGUUUUGUACACAUUGUCGUACAGAUGAAGCCUAGAAUCAUGGAUAAGAUACGUAUAUUGAGGUCAAGUCGUAAAAAAAACAGUCGUGGUAAACCUAAAGCUUCAUCUCAAGGAGUGGCACCUGUACCUAUACCACAGCCAGUCCUUACAGAAGUGUCCCAGCAGUGGGUGCCUGUGCUUGUCUUAGACAUAUCUAAAGCAGAGAAUACUGCUUUCCCUGUCAAUUCAUCAAUUACAAACACCCUUGCUGCUACACAGUGUCAAGUGGUGGAAAGCAGUGUCACUACUAGAAGUAAGCCAUCAGAAUUAAAAAGGAGUGCUUCUGUAAAAACUUCAAGUUCAGCUAUCAUCCCAGUUACAAGUAGCAUUUCACUGACCUGUAAUACACAUAGCAUUCCAUCAUCCCAAAAAGAUCUUCCAGACAAUGUUCAAGACAAGGAAAUGAAUUCAGUUUCUGAAAGUGAAACACCAUUAGUUGCCGCAGAAAGUAGUACUUAUGAAAUCACAUCUUUAAAAGAUGAGACGGAUGAAGCUAAAGAUGGAACUAGUGGAGAAAAUCCUGUGAAAUGUGUGCUAUGUGAUAAAUCUUUUCCCUCUCUGAAAGAAAUGCAAGUACAUUAUCUAAGUACACAUAAGUCACGGAAAGGUAGGGAGGGGAGAAAACGUAGUGUAGAACAUACAGAUACACUACCAUCUUCCAGUACUUCCUUACAUUUAUCAGGAAUGGGCUGGGAAGAAGAUAUCAAAGACAUUUCAGAUUCCAGCUCUGGAGAACCUGUUUGUCCAGUAUGCAGAAUUGCCUUUAAGAAUGCUGAUGAGGUUAAGGAACAUGUUAAGCAUGUUCAUGCAUAUGUCUGCUCUGAAUGUAAUAGUACCUUCUAUACACUUUUUCAGUUCACAGAUCAUAAGUGCAAUAAAGGGAACAAAAGAGUGAAGAAAGUAAAGAAAAAGGGAACUUGCCAGGCAACACUGAAACCAGAGGUUGCUAAGCUAAUGGAUAAUUUUGUUGAGAUCAAACCAAAUUGUAAGCAGAAAAAGAAAGAUAGGGAAAGCAGCACAGUUCUGCCUUUGCCAACACCAAAAAAAAAAAAUUCUGUUGGCAGGAAUGAAAAUAUUGAAAUUGAUUCUGCUGUACCUGAACUUGCUCCUUCCAUCUUACCUUCAAAGGUGAGUCCACAAGAGCCACUUCAGACAGAGGUUCUGAAUCAAACUGUCAAUGCAGUGCAGAUCAAUUUCCACAAAAAGGAAUAUAAAAAGAAAGGAAUUGUUAAGCAAUCAUCAAAGGCAAAGCAGCCAUCCAUCACUAAAUCCAAGAAGACAAAAGCAGCAGUGAAUGCUGAAGUUAAGUCUUUAUCAGAAAAAACAAAUGAAAAGUGUUUUAGUAAUUCUCUUAAGACAAAUGCAAGUAGCCAGACUACUUUUUGUGAGGUGUCACACAUAACUGAUGAACAGUACUCAGCUGAUGAACAUGAAUUUUUGCCUGCUAUCACAACAACUUACACAUUGAAAGAGUGUGCACAAAAUGAUACUAAUGAGACCAAAGACCAGAAGAAUAUUACAAUCAUAGAAACUUGCAACAUUCAUCAGGCCAAAAAGAUGGUUGCAGAAAAUAUUCAGGUACCAAGUGUGCCAACAAAAGAUGUAAUUAGACAAAAGAUUGCUGAGUUGAAAAGUAAUCCAAAUGUUAGCAUUUCAUGGUUACCUACUUUGCGAAUAAAAUGUCAGGAUGAUGGAGAUUUUGUAUGUGGAAGGUGUAAUGUUAUUUGUGAUGAUAUGGAGGAUUACAUGGAUCAUAUUCAGGACUGCCUGACAAUGACAUCUGUAACACUUGAGCCUACCUCAAAUCCUCCUCGUAGAUUCCUUCGACUAAGAAAUGAGAUUUCAACUUUGAGGUAUCAGGAACCCAAUAAUAAUAGAUAUUCUGUAAAUCAAAAUCUUAUCAACAAAUUACAGACUGUUCUGCCUCAAGCUAAAGAGUAUUUAACAGUUGGUUCGCAGAGCAAUAAAAUGUAUACUUCACUCACUAAAUCUUCAAGACAGUCCUUUAAAGAUCUAUUAGAUGAUGAUUUUGGACAUGAAUCCCAGGAAUGGAUCAAUUCGCCUUCAUCUGUUAGUCCAGUAGAAGGCAGGAGGCAGCAUUCUGGGAAAGUUAUACCCAGAAAUUUACAAGGAGUCAGCCAUACACCAUUAAAUAACAUUGGGAUGAUCCAGACAAAAAUCUCAGUUAAUAAUGGUAAGGUUUCUCAGCCAAUGGUGAUGAUUCCUGUAGACCACAAGUCCAAACCAGACACGUGUCUCACCCUAACAAAGGAUCAAGGCAGGCUUGAAGUACUUGAGAAAGUUGAAGAAGCAAUAGGCUGUACCAGUACUUUGUCUUCACACUCAUUCACACCCUCCAGUACUGCUAUGAUACAUUCCCCCUUGGAUAUGCUGCUAGAUCCAGACGAAAUCAAGAUGGAGGUAGAGGAAGAGGUGGUUGAUGAUCACUUUGAGGUAAGCCAGUUUGCUAUAUCAUACACUUGUUGGGUUUAGAUAUUAGGUUGGUGUUGGUCAUUGAUAUACUGUCUUAGCCAUGGUGACAUGCUGCCUCCAAAGA